AUGGUUGGAGAUAACGACACGUCUGGGUCCGAGUUCAUUCUCCUGGGCUUCACCAGCUGGGAGGAGCUGCAGGUGAUGUGCUUUGUCUUCUUCUUUGCCAUCUACGUGGUCACUCUGACGGGGAAUCUGGGGGUCAUCAUACUGAUCAGGCUCGACCCAUGCCUGCACACCCCCAUGUACUUCUUCCUGAGCCACUUGUCCUUCCUGGACAUCUGCUACUCCUCCACCAUCCUCCCUCCCAUCCACUCCCUCGCCAUCUUCCGCCUCCCGUUCUGCGGCUCCAGGAGGAUCAACCACUUCUUCUGCGACGGCCCCCCGCUGCUGGCCCUGUCCUGCUCCGACACCCGUGCCAGCCGGCGGGUGGUGUCCGCCCUGGUGGGCUUCAACGUGCUGAGCACCACGGGCUUCAUCCUCCUCUCCUACUCGUGCGUCCUCUCCGGCGUCCUGCGGGCGCGCUCCGCCGCCGCCCUGCGCAGAGCAGCCUCCACCUGCGCCUCUCACCUGGUCUCUGUCACCCUGUACUCCAGCAGUGCCCUCUUCAUGUACCUGCGCCCCGGCUCCGGCCGCUCCUCGGAGCACGACAAGGUGGUGGCCACUCUCUACUCCGUGGCAGUGCCCAUGCUGAACCCCCUCAUCUACAGCCUGAGGAACACGGACGUGAAGAAUGCCAUGAGGAAAGCAAAAGGUAGAGUGCUCUCCUCCUUCUCCAGACACAGCUCCUGGCCAGCUGAGAGGAGAGGGCCAUCCUUCCAUGGUUAG